UCUCCGUCCGAAUGGUAAGCGUGCUAUGACCACCUCCCUGGUCCUGAAUCCUCGUUGGGCGGAUACUGUAAUGUUUGUGUAUGAAAACAGUUUGGAUGAGCUAAACAAAAACAUGGAAGGUCUGGUUGGUAGCAGCAAUUUCGCGGCCAACCAGUGCAGAAAUCUGAUAGCUCACUCAGCUCUGAGCGGUCACCCUUCCAGCCUUGUGCAUGGUUCCAACUAUUCCACCGUGGACGUGAGUACCUCGAGUUCAGGAGAAACGAGCAAGCAAUGCACUCCGUGCGCAGCGGUAAAUCAACCGUCGUCCACGGGGCCUAUACCUUAUGGCUACUUCGGCAACAGUUAUUAUCCGUGCAGGAUGGGGAGGGGUUCGCUUAAGACUUGCACGCAGCCGAGCGCACUUGGCUACUCUGCAGAGAAAUAUAUGGACACGCCGGUUACAUCGGAAGAAUACCCCACCAGGGCCAAAGAGUUCGCCUUUUACCACGGUUACCAUGGUCCUUAUCAGUCAAUGGCUAGCUAUUUGGAUGUGUCCGUUGUACAGACACUAGGGACCAGCGAGCCACGGCACGAUAGUCUCCUCCCUAUGGACAGUUACCAACCUUGGGCUCUGGCUAAUGGAUGGGGAAGCCAAAUGUACUGUUCCAAAGACCAGAGCCAAACCGGCCAUCUGUGGAAAUCUGCAUUAGCAGAUGUUGUUGCCCACCAACAUGACGGAGGCUCUUUUCGCCGAGGUAGAAAGAAAAGGAUACCGUAUACCAAACUGCAACUAAAGGAACUGGAGAAAGAGUAUGCAGCCAACAAAUUUAUCACAAAAGACAAGAGGAGAAAGAUUUCUGCGGUAACCAACUUGUCCGAGAGGCAGAUUACAAUCUGGUUUCAGAAUAGGAGGGUGAAAGAAAAGAAAUUUGUUGCCAAAGUUAAGAACAGCGCUGCAUAAUGGGAAUUUGAGCAAAGACAUUUUUUUUUUUAUCUGUGACUCAGAUUAAAGAAAAAUUCCUACUGACAUUAACUUGGAUUUUUUUGUGCUCUCUUGUCUGCGUAUUGACAUCGCGAACUAAUAAAAGUAUUAGGAUCAUUUAGUAUAGAAAGUACAUAAAAAUACUAUAUUCCUGUAAAACUGCCUGCCAAAAUAUGCCGCCGUGGGAAUUUACAUAUACAAUAUAAAUGUUAGAAUGUUAAGCAUGUCGAUGUUGUUACUGCAAUAGAAAAAUAGCUUGUUAAACUAUAUACCCAUCAAUAUUAUUUCUAACACACUUAUGGCAUAUAUUAAAUGUAUAGGUAUAUAUUACAAUACGAAAAUCACGUUAAUCUUUUAAAAUAAUUUACUGACCUAAUUUUCAUAAUUGAUUAAUUUGUAAAUUGUGCUAGUGGAUACGACAGGAGUUGUCCUGUAAAUGUCCCAUUUACAUUCAUCUUAAUUUCAAACAAAUUACAAUCUUGCUAGGGUGUCUAAACAGUCCUGUCAAGCUGUCACCCUGCAACAAGUUUAUGACCACUUCUGUGUUAUCUUUUUAUUGUCAGCAUUUUUGACAAUCCUAGACACGGGACUUUUUGUUCUUUUUGAUAUACCUUAGCGUAAAUAUGGUACAUCAUAUUUCCAAUUUAUGUGGACCAACAAUUAAAAAUUAAAACUUGUGUG